AUGGUGAGCAACACCCCCGACGAUAACAACAACAACAACAACAACAACAACAACAACGACAACAGCGCGGAGAAGGACGCUCCACCAUCGGGCACAACAACGGCGACAACUGAAACCCAAGAGGAGAUGCGAAACAUAAUGGCUACGUUGAUGAAGAAAAUCGACGAGCAGGACAAAAGGAACGAGGCGAUUAUGGAAAGGCUCGACGCGAUGACAGCUGAGAGACGACACCCGACUUGGAGAGCCGGAAUCUCUGAUCCGACGGAUGGAGUCCGGAGACGUUUCGAUUUCUCAACACCUGCAGGAGCUUUGGGUAGCGGCACAAGAAAUCCCAUGGCUCCACCAAUGUUUCGUCCCCUCAGCAAACAGACUCCCGCAGCAACUCGAAUAACCAUGACCGAACUGCCUUUACUCCGUCAGAAUUCAAGGCAACGAGCCGACGACGCGAUCGACGUGGACGCCCAACAAAACGACGGAACCAGGAAUUUGCAACAAAACGGCUCGGCUCAGCGAAUAAGCCAAGAAAAGCUCGCCUCGGCACUAAAUGGCAUUCGGACUGAUGAAGUCACUGACCCGGAUCGCGACGACAACCCAACUGAAGAAGAGGAAAAUCUCCAAUGGGUCAAGCAGGCAGAGCGCGAAGACGAGCCGAAGAGAGAAGAUCAGGAGCGACUUCGCCAAUCUAAGAGAAUGACUCGUGCACAAACCCUCGAAAUCGAAGAGUUGCGAGCCUCAAUGGCUCGAACAGUGGCCGAGAUACGCGCCAUGAAAUCUCAGGUGCAUAACGCGACAAGUGUCGCGCCUGAGAUCGAUCAAAUGCUCGAAAAAACUCAGAGAACACCGUUCACAGUAAGAAUCACGGAGGCUAGGAUUUCCGAGCCCAGAAAAGUGAGAAUCCCAUUCUACGAAGGCACAACUGACCCGAAGGCGCAUAUCACAGCAUUCGGAUAG